UUUUACAGUAUUUUAUACAGUAUAAUGCAGGAGAAGUUGAUCAAUAUUAUCAAUCAUGAACGUCUGAUGGAACGUGACUUUUUCUCAGGUUACUUGUCUUUGGGGAUGAACAGAAGAGUGUUUGGUCCGUGUGGCGGUUCAAACCUGCAGGUGAUGAGCAAUGCCAGGCUGGUCCAGAGUCUGGGUCCGGUUUCUUCACAGACUUCAGUCCAAAGCGGCGCUCAUCAUUCACUCGCUGUUCCCUUCACUGACGCCAGGUGUUUGCUGUCCAGAGAAUCCCUGGCCUCGACCACCCUCAGCAUCGCCGAGACACAAUCGGUUCGCAGCAGUAAGCUGGACUGGCCCUAUGAUUACCGCGUUCUGCCUCCUUUAGGGCUAGGGUUUAACCAGACUUCAGAAGCAGCUGAUCCCAAUCUCAUUCCCGGGACCUCCGUGUCCGAAUGCGUCUCCAACCCCACGUCUCUACCACAUUAUCUCUUCAAGGAGGACGCCAGCAGUCCGCGGCUCUCAGCCCGCUGCAAAAAGCGAGCGCUGUCCUUGUCUCCGCUCUCGGAUGGCAUCGGCCUCGACCUCAACUCCAUCAUCAGAACCUCUCCCACGUCGCUGGUGGCGUACAUCAUCGGCUCCCGCAUUUCGCCGGCCUCGCGCCCCACUCCUUCUCCUCUGCAGGCCGAUGUUUGUGGACACCUGCUGGGCAUCAGAGGCAGCUGCAUCUCUCAUCCCAACCCCAGCAAACACAUGACCAAAGACAGGUCAGUUGAUGACACCGAGAGUUUCCGCAUGCAGCAGUUAGAGGUGACGCCACUAGAAGACCAGUUCACCAAUCUAGCAGUGGAGCACCAACUUCUACCUGGACAGAACAAAAAAACUACAAAAAAAACCACCCCACCACCAACAAAACAUCAAUUCGAACAACCCACCACUAUUAUUAGGACUCCUAGUCCUCCUAGAGGCCCUCCACCGCCCUAUAACACCCAUCUGCGAGCAUCUCAUGUUCAGAUGCCAGCGGCGUCUUCAGACAACAUCGUGGUCCUUCCGAUGCUGGAGGAGGACGAGGAGGAGGACGUCAGCGGAGGACACUGCUGCUGUUGGCUGGACUGCGGCGCUGUUUACGGCCAGCGAAAGGAGCUGGUCAAACACAUCGAGAAGAUCCACGUCGACCAGCGCAAGGGCGAGGACUUCACCUGCUUCUGGGCUGGGUGUCCUCGCAAACACAAGCCUUUCAACGCACGCUACAAGCUCCUCAUCCACAUGAGGGUCCACUCCGGGGAGAAACCCAACAAAUGCUCGUUUGAGGGCUGUCAGAAGGCGUUUUCCCGUCUGGAGAACCUAAAAAUCCAUCUGAGGAGCCACACAGGCGAGAAACCCUAUGUAUGUCAGCAUCCCGGCUGUCAGAAAGCCUUCAGCAACUCCAGCGAUCGAGCCAAACACCAGCGAACACACGUCGACACGAAACCCUACGCUUGUCAGAUCCAGGGCUGCACAAAACGCUACACAGACCCCAGCUCUCUGCGCAAACACCUCAAAUCACACUCUUUAAAGGAGCAACAAGCCCAGAAGAAGUUGAGACGCAGCACAGAGCUCAGUCAGGACGGACUCGCUGAGUGUUUGACCGUUCACAGCCUCGCACCACUGGACCUGAUUGAGACCAAGCGCCAGUCGCCCACUAACGAUCUCUACACUGUGUUCACCCUGAACCAGACAAACACCCCGCAGAGUCCCGUGAGGAGCCCAUCCGAUCCACAGACCCUUCAGACCCACAUGCAGCUGCCGGCCGCACAGGGAAGCAACAGGUCCAGGGUUCCUGUGUCGCGUCAGAUGUCUUCAGGACCGCUGUCAUCUCGUCACACGCUGGGCCAAAACACUCACAAACUCCCCAGAUACUCCAGCCAUCCCAGGACAUCCCACCCGGACAGUUUCUCUGCCGAUGCCCAGACCGUGUUCUCAUACGGAGCCAAACACAUUAGUCCCAUGAUGCAGAUGCCCAUGUUUGAGAACAAUCUGUCUCAGCCUGAGCUCGACCUGCUGCACACAACUCUGUCAAGCAUCGCCGUGUUCGACUCUCAAACCGGACCGGAAGAGUUUCUGGGAGAGCAGGUGCCUUCGGUGCCGGAGGAUAAUUACCUUCAUGUCUGUACAGUGGAGAGAACCCCAAGCCGGAUCUCAUGCGUCUAUACUGAAGGGUGAACGCUUCUCUCCAGAGUGGAUCUCUUCAGUCUGAGCAGAUUUGGUCAGCUCACUUUGGCUUGUUUAUGUCAUUGAGAGAGUUUAACAGAAGAACUUCCUCAUGGACUGCUAGUCAGUGGGAGAAACCGGAUUUUUUAAACACUGUGAAGCAUUUGGACGUUUAAGCCACAUUUUGUCACGAGUUAAAAUAUCAAAGCAAGUGUCUGUAUCUGUGCAUCUCAAACACUUUUCAUUUUUGCUCAGAGACCUUUAGUCGACAUCGUGUUCACACAGGUAUAUUUCAAACCAGACAAACUUAAAGUGCCCCUAUUAUGUAACACAGCUCUAACUGCAAAGUUUGAGUUGCACCGUGUAUAAAUUAUAAAUUAAGUUUUUUUUACUGCCAAAAGACAAGCUUCUUUGCCACUGGGUGCUACUUUUGGAGCGGUAAAAAUAGCUGUUUCCCUGGUAACGCUGUUCACAAAGCAGCACUGCGCUCACAAACACUGCUUUAUCAGGCAUUACAGGCGUGAUGAAAAUGAAAUAAAAAAAUCGGACCAAUCAAAGCAGGGGUUUGCAAAAAUGAAUCAUUGAGCGAAUUGUUUGGGAGUCGUUGAGCAAAUAAGGUAAAAAUAAAUGCAUAUUAUAAGACAAUGAAAGUGUAGGUCAGCCUGUUGUUGGGGACUCCCAAAACCAAAAUAUGAACCUUUCAUUACCCAUAAUGGGGCACUUUAAUUUUGCCAAAUGUUUACCUUCAAGGAAUAGUUCACCCAAAGACAGGAAUAUUAAAAUAUGGAAAUGUGUUCAUCCUCAGGUCAUCAAAGAUAAGAAUGAGUGUGUUUCUUCAUCAG